UGGUUUAAAACCGGCACUACAAUCGAUUUCGGAAAGACCCGGACCUGGUCCGCGACGUCAUCAGCGCGCUCGGUUGUUCGAACUCGUCAUCAUUUUACAGUGUACAGCAGGGGGCGCGCACUGUUCAGCACUGUCUGCCGGCUGUGUGUUUCCGGCGGAAGGGGACACUUUGGGGUUCGACGGUGGAGGCCUGCGUACUCAGUCGGGCUCGCGGUUCGGCAAACGUCAUCGUGCACGAACGCCGUUUUCUCGCUCCGCCACCGGAGCCGCCACACAUGAAGGCAGCACAUUACACUAUACUGCGGCGCUGCCUGGCUGACCGGACAAAGCUUCGGCCAUUAUUAGUACGUGCGUGACUGUGACAGCGAGCGUAGGUCGGCUGUCGUCGUAACGGAGGUGCACCGGAGUGUGGUCGAUUUUCCGAUCCGCAAUCGCAACGCCAGAGUGCGAAAACCACGUACGUAUUCGUACGAUGGGAAGAGAAUUGAUUAUUCAUUCGAGCCCAACUUCGAUCGCGUUUGUGUCAGUCAGUGUGUAGCCGAUUGAUUUUUCAAUAGUUGCAUCUGUCGUGUUAAUAACAAGCUUUAUGAGUGAUAGUGUGUAAAAGCGGCCACUACGAGCUGUGCAGUGCAACGUAUGUACGUUCUCAGUGUAUGCGAUGGUGUAUUAAUAAUAUAGUGUAGUUAAUUUAACAUGCACUUCUCAAGCUGCUAAAUCAGCAAAAGUACGAAAGGCUGCGUUCAUCAUCCAAUAGAAAUUCGUUCACCUGCGGUAAAGGACGUUUCGUGUCAUCGAUCCAACGACUCCCUGCCAACCGGCUAUGCUGGAUGCAGAAGUUUACAAACCCUGCGGUAACCAAAAAUGCUACCGGGCAUAACUAACCAACACGCUGAGCUAAUUGCAGCACUACCAGCGAACGUGUGUUGUUGCCGCUCCAGCCUCAGCACCAACCCGAUCGCACCCUGUCGUAUGUCCCUGGCACCUUAUUCGUGUCGUGGUGGUGUAACACGGUUGUUUCCAAGCGUUCCGAAGCGAUGCUUCACGGUUUAAUCCAAGCGCACCUACUGUGUCUCCGUUUGUGUUGCCAGCGUUGCACAAUAGCAUCGAGGUGCGGACAUUAUGCUAGAUUGCAACCGAGAACGACGCUCUACUAGCAGCUAUGCGAACGUGCUUAACGUGGUGUUGCAGAUUGCCACACUUCACCUGAACGUUGUCCUUGCGCUUUAGCUUCUCCUGGGUGCGUCGUCUGCAUGAAUGGAUUAUUCAAACCGUGAAGAUUUCUUUUCAAGUGACUUUUAGUCUGACGUUCGCGCAUUGAAAUUUUCUAUCAAACUUAAAGUUGAAGUUGAAGAUACAUACAGUGAAUGAGAAGGCACAACUCGGCAUAAACCAUUUUCGCGUGCAUCGGAAUCACGAACGAGGACAGCAAGUACGGUUCCGACUAUCCUUUGUUGGUGCAGCCCGCAGGAAGUCCUGGCUCGGUUGCUGAAACCCUCUUGGCAAGCUCCGACCGCCGAGUGGAUAACAUUAUAUAAUGAGAGGUCGACGAAUUCCGAUUGCACUACCAAACACUGGCGCACUGUCCCGUAGAAGACACACGCUGUACAUCCGUUCCGCCAUAAUUAUAUUCAUUCUGUUCGCGUUCCUGCAGUUCCAUGUGAUAAACUAUGACUCCUCCGACAGUGGAUCCAGCGAUAAUGCCAACUAUUCCACGGCAGCGAUCCUGCAGAUGGUGCCGCCGGUAUUUCAUAAGUAUUUGACCGGAAAACCUCGCAACUCUACGCACGGUCAAAAUGGUACACACUAUGCUGGCGAUGGGCCCAGGACGGCCAACAUUAGCGACAUCAUGCGCAUGAUAAAUCGCUACAACGACCUCCAGACUGUUCUCAACGAGGACAUCUACGGUCCAUUACAAAAUGAUUCUGUGAUAAUAGUAGUGCAGGUACACAAAAGAAUAACAUACUUGCGGCACUUAAUCGUAAGUUUGGCCCAAGCGAGGGGCAUUUCACGCACUUUGCUCGUCUUCUCGCACGACUACUACGACGAUGACAUCAACGAUCUGGUGCAGAGCAUCGACUUUUGUAAAGUAAUACAGAUAUUCUAUCCCUUCUCAAUACAAACACAUCCGACCGAGUUUCCCGGAGCGGAUCCCGGCGACUGCCCGAGGGAUAUUAAAAAAGAACAGGCGCUGCUGCGAAAGUGCAACAAUGCACUCCAUCCCGACCUGUACGGACACUACCGGGAGGCAAAGUUCACCCAAACCAAACACCACUGGUGGUGGAAGGCGAAUCGAGUGUUUGACCAGCUGGAAGUCACCAAGUACCAUACGGGUAUGAUGGUGUUUCUGGAGGAGGACCACUACGUUGCCGAGGACUUCCUAUACAUUCUUGAACUUAUGUUCCGAAAAUCGCAGGACCUGUGUCCGAAGUGCAACAUCCUAUCCCUAGGCACAUAUCUGAAAACAUUCAACUACUACACAUACAACAAGAAGCGUACACAGCCCUAUCGAGGUGGCUGGUACCCGGGCAAUGCAGCUAAGGUGGGCACUGUGCGAGAGGGGCUGCAGGCUUCUGCUGCAUUGCGCGAGCAAGGAUCUUUCGGGUCGUUUGCGGGAUCGUACAGUACGCUAAGCAGAAGUCAGUUAAAAGACGCCGCACGCCGCAUUCGGGCAACGGUUGAUGUCAGCACGUUGCUCGAUCAGAACCAAAAGACCCUCCGCCGCUCGCCGCCAGAUCUGCCCGCUUGGUACGAUCGGCCGCAGGUCGCACUGAUUGGACAGUCAGCAGCACACGUCAACGACAUUUCUAUCAAUGCUAAACGUAACGGUUUUCUGAAUCAUCCUUCCAAUUCACCGUCACGCCAACACAACAACAACAAUCCCUGGCAACAAUGGCGUCCGCUGCAGCAUCAGCAGCAACAGAAGCUGCUGCAACAGCAGCGGCAACUGCAGCAACAGCAGCAGCUCAUGCUUCAGAAACAACGCCAGCAGCAGCAACACCAGCAACAGCAGCAGCAACAGCAGCAGCAGCAAGAUCAACUAUCACAACAACAAUCGCUUCAGACCCAGGUCACUACUGAAAAGUAUGCGUCUCAAUCGCAGUGGGGAUACCAGGUGCUACCAACCCUGUACUCGAUCUAUCAGAAGGUUGAAGUAACGCCCUGGAUCAGCAGCAAGCACAACAUGGGCAUGGCAUUCAACCGUACCACGUGGUAUGAGAUAGUACGCUGUGCGCGGCACUUUUGCGAGUACGACGACUACAACUGGGACUGGUCAUUGCAGCACGUGUCACAGCAAUGCCUCAAGCAGAAGCUGCACGUGAUGGUGGUGAAAGGACCGCGUGUCUUUCACAUUGGCGAAUGUGGCGUGCAUCAUAAAAAGAGCAACUGUGAAUCGAACCAGGUGAUCUCGAAAGUGCAACAGGUGCUGAAGGUAGCACGGGGCGCUCAGCAACUAUUUCCCCGCUCGAUUUCGCUCACGCAGACGAGCGUCAUAAAGAAGACCAAGCUGCGCAAGGGCAACGGUGGCUGGGGCGAUCAGCGCGAUCAUCAGCUGUGCUUCAACAUGACCCUCGUUGGGCGGUAAUGGUCCAGAGUGGCAGCAGCUCCGCCCUCCGAAGCGCCUAGUUCCCGGAGUAACACGCACAUUCCUUGCUGUCCUUUGGGGCAAUACUGGCGAGACACGCAAUGCAACACUACAACGACGGUGGGAAGAAUCGAAGAAUCGUUAAGCAAGGGAGGAAGUAGCAGCACUUACGUUGUAAGUAAGUAGUGCGCAAACCAUUGCAAACCGAAUGAUGGACCGGAAUGAGGCAAGACCAAAGUUACGUUUUAGGUUCGCGUUUGUUUUAGCGUAUCGUUUCAACUAGCCAAUUGUUCGAAUUAUUCACCUUUUGUUGCUACACAUAGUAAGACAAUGUGCAAUGGUAAUGUGGUAGAUUUUAUGAAACGUUACCAAAAAAGGCCAACUGAAGGUAGUAUUAGGGGGUAGGUUUAGAUUACGAUUAAGUAAAAAAAAAGAAAGAAAAAGACAGAACCUAAGACUUGCAAGAGCUAAAGUAAAGCUCUCACGUGCUGCUGUUGACGCGAUGUUUCUUGUUAAAAAGUGUUAUUUUAUUUUACCUUCUUCUUGUUUUGCCCACGUUUGUGUACGAUUGUUAUUGAGUUUGUAGGAAAGCAUUUUACCUAAGUAUGCAAUCACACAAAAGGUUGCGCGAGUAAACUGACAAAUGGUCUCAAUAGGCUCGAAUAGAUGCAUCUCAACCCAACCGAUGCCGCACUAGUCCUGGAUGUUAGUGUCCUACUUGAUUUACUAGUUGGCCGCAGCUUUCCGGUAGCAACAAUAAUUUUAUAUAAAAAUCAAUUAGACGAUGAGUUUGAUUUGUGUUGAGCAACAGUAGUGGCGCAAAUGAUACAUCCAACAGAUUCGAAUGUUACGGUUACUGUACACUUAACGUCUGCAGAUAAUGUUAAUUGUUAGCAUUGUCCCGCUGUCCCUGUUUUUGGCGAUAGAACGAUACGUGUAAUGUUAGGUGUAUUUGGUACGGAAUACAAUAAACUUUAAAGUGGACGGCACAGAAGUAUAAAUAAAUAGAACGAAUGUAAAUACA